AUUCAGGUAGGUCCCCCGUCGUUUCGGUUGGUUCCUAGUGAAUACACCCAAUGUUACGGGAAAAUGGUAGGAACAUUUCUUCUCAAUUGCGUUUCAUUUCGGACAAUAAUACAGCGUAAGGCCGGAAACAUUAGACAGCGGAAAAGAAGCAAACUACAUAUUUUCAAAGUAGGCUAUUUCGGAGAUAACUUGCUAGCAGUCAUGUCGAGCACAGAUAUAUUUCAGACACAGUUAUCCCAAAUCAUGGGGUUAUUAGUUGAAUCAACAGUUAGCGAGAUGGGGCGACUUCUCGACGUGUGUGCUGCUGUUUUGGAGAAUAAAGACAAUCGUUCCCUGAAGAGAGAAAUGGAGCGUGUGAAUAUAACCAACAAAAUAAAGUUUGCGUCAUUCAUGGAAGUGUUGAGUAAAAGCUCGAUGGAGAAAAUAUCAUUACUGGUGACUGUGGACGAGAUGGAGGUGAGAGCCGUGGAGAAGACUGGUGGAGAAGGCACAAGUGGUGGAGAAGCAGUAAACUUGCUUGACCCAGAAGUAAAAUCACGUGUAAUUAUAAUCUGUCCAGGAGAUAUUAGAGAAGCAGUUGCGACUCAAAAAGGAGCCGUAAAGGACGAGGGAUCUUCUGAGUCUGAUAGUCAGGAGGAUUACCCUGGCCUUGCCCCCUUGCCCUCACCUUCAUCAGAUGAGGAAUGGCUCCCUGAGGUUGAUACCAGCCAGGGUGAUGACCUUGACCCUCAGGCACCAUCUGCAUCUAGGUUGAAGAUACCCAGAUCUGCUUCGGACCCAGACAAACAAGACGCAGGUAGGGAUGGAGAUGAUCAAGAUGUCCAAUGUGGAGAUUCUGCAGACGCCGCCCACCAGGGGCCCCUCAUCUGUACCCACCAGGGGCCCCUCAUCUGUUCCCACUGUGGAAAAUGUUUCAAGGAGAAAUGGUAUCUGACGAGACACCUUCAGUCCCAUACAAAAUCUUACAGAUGCUCUCAUUGUGCGAAAGGUUUUAAUCUGGCGAAGCAGCUAGCAAAACAUUCCAUUAAACACCAGGAGAACACCUUCAGUUGUACCGAUUGCGACGCGGUGUUUCGCCAGAAAUGUACUUUGCAGUCGCACAAGAAACGUCACAAAACGGAGAAAACGGUCACGUGCGCGGUUUGUGAAAAAAAGUUUGUAGGGGAAAGGCACAAGUGCAUUGUAAAGCAGAGGACGUUCAGCUGCUCUUCCUGCCCAAAGGUCUUAAAGACCAGAGAAGGAUUGUCUUAUCACCAGGGAACACACUCCGGGGAGAGGAAGUAUUGCUGUGAGACAUGCGGCAAAACGUUCUUCACCGGCGUGUCCUUAAAAACCCACAUGAUGACUCAUAAAGAGAAGGAUCAUAGCUGUACUGUAUGUGGCCAACCUUUCAACAAUGGACACGCUCUCAGAAAGCACAUGGUGGCCAGCCACCCUGGAGAAACGCCAGAGAAACGCUUCGUCUGCGACGUGUGUGGCAAAUGUUUCGCCAAAAGAGACCAUCUGUAUAAACACAUGAGGAGACACAAGGAAGAAAAACCCUUUUCCUGUGACGUUUGUGGCAAGAAGUUUCACUCUUCGGGUAAUUGCAAAAGACACGAGAUAACGCACACAGGUGAGAAACUAUACCACUGUGACCUUUGUGGGAAGAGUUUUACCCAGUCCGGAACCCUAACCAUACAUAAACUAAACACGCACACGGACGGCGAUGAAAAGCCUUCUUUCAAGUGUGAGAUUUGUGGGGAAGUCUUUCCAAGACGUUAUACCCUAAAAAAUCACAUGGUCACUCACACGGGGAAGAAACCAUGUCAAUGUAGCGUUUGUGGGAAAGGUUUCUUUAGCAAUCCUACUCUUAAAGCUCACAUGCUCAUUCACACAGGGGAGAAACCGUUUGAGUGUGAUCAAUGUGGGAAAAGGUUCACCCAGUCGAGUCAUCUGAAAUAUCACGAGCGGCAUGUGCACACGGGUGUCAAACCAUUCGUGUGUGACAUCUGUGGGAAGGCCUAUGCAAAUAGACAGAAUCUGAAACUCCACAAGUGCAGUGCUUCUGCUAAGCAGUAGUCUGCGCAGUGCUUAUGCUAAACGGUAGUAAUCUAGCGUCACAACUAGAUAAUUGUCACCCUGUCAAUGAGCAAUAUACACUGCUCAAAAAAAUAAA